UAUCCCCUGGAUUUCGCAGAUCUUCAAGCCAAAAAAUACGGAGAUUCUUACCUACAGUAUUCCCGCAGCAAACUUAUGAACCACAUGACUGCGUUCAAAAUGGCUCGUGAUAAAUCUGAUGGAGUGAGUGUGAAUGUCUACGAGCCGGGUGUAAUUGAGACUAAGUUACUCAGAGCGGGCGGCUAUUCCGGUAGUUCCGUCAAAGACAGCGGCUUUGCUGCAGUUCAUCUAACUACAUCUGACGAGCUUAAAAACAUUUCCGGAGAGUAUUUUAAUAACAAAGGGAAGACCCCCUCUAAAUCAGAAAAUCUCGUCAAGUGCAGAUGCCAAGGAUGUUGCACAACAGGACAGAUUAUGGAAGAUGAGUGA